AUGGCCACGGGAAGCGCGGUUGCAUGAACGAUCUCUCGUUGAACCUGCACAUUCGCUCCGUCUUUUUCGGCCGCGGUUCCUGCGAGCACCCCCGAGGGCAGGAGGCAAGAGAGAGAGACGACUGCGGGGCCGCGGAGGUGCGGCGGAGAGCCAGGCAGGCCAGGAUAGGACGCUCGAGUCCGGUUUGAUGCUGGCGGCCCGUCCGGAUGCUGCCGCUGCUGCGUUCAUAAGGGACCGCUGUUUAUCCUAGAAACGAUCGGACGCGUCAACGUCCUCUAUUCUCACAUUCAAAGCCGAUUGGCGAACGGCAUUCGCGAGAGCCGCUGCAGACACGGCAGCAUCCUUCCGUACCUGCGGCUCUCCAGCGCCUUACAGGCCCAGAGUCAUGGGCAACACGCCGGCCGCCAAACGGGGCAACGAGAUGGAAAGCGUCAAAGAGUUUCUGGCCUUUGCCAAAGAAGAUUUCCUCAGGAAAUGGGAGAAUCCUGCACAGAACACGGCAUGUCUGGAGGACUUUGAGCGGUUGAAAACUCUGGGCACGGGGUCGUUCGGCCGUGUGAUGCUGGUCAGACACAGAGAGACCGGGCAGCACUACGCCAUGAAGAUACUUAAUAAACAGAAGGUAGUGAAGCUGAAGCAGAUCGAACACACUCUGAACGAGAAGCGAAUACUGCAGGCCGUCAGCUUCCCUUUCUUAGUGCGAUUGGAUUACUCCUUCAAGGAUAACACUAAUCUGUACAUGGUGAUGCAGUACGUUCAGGGAGGGGAGAUGUUCUCACACCUGCGUAGAAUCGGCAGGUUCAGCGAACCCCAUGCACGGUUUUAUGCUUCACAAAUAGUUUUGACAUUCGAAUAUCUGCAUGCCCUUGACCUGAUCUACAGAGACCUUAAACCAGAGAACCUCCUCAUCGAUCAGCAGGGCUACAUCCAGGUGACAGAUUUUGGUUUCGCGAAGCGGGUCAAGGGUCGCACGUGGACAUUGUGCGGCACACCUGAGUAUCUGGCCCCAGAGAUUAUCCUCAGUAAGGGUUAUAAUAAGGCUGUGGACUGGUGGGCUUUGGGCGUGUUGAUGUACGAGAUGGCGGCUGGUUACCCCCCAUUUUUCGCCGAUCAGCCCAUUCAGAUCUACGAAAAGAUUGUCUCAGGAAAGGUACGAUUCCCCUCUCACUUCAGUUCUGACUUGAAGGACCUGUUGAGAAACCUGCUGCAGGUGGACCUGACCAAGCGCUUUGGCAAUCUUAAAAAUGGAGUGAACGACAUCAAAGGACACAAGUGGUUCUCCAGCACUGACUGGAUAGCCAUUUACCAGCGGAGGGUGGAGGCCCCAUUUGUGCCUAAAUGCAGGGGUCCCGGUGACACCAGCAACUUUGAUGACUAUGAGGAAGAAGAGAUCCGCGUGUCGUUCACGGAGAAGUGUGGAAAAGAAUUUUCCGAGUUCUGAAGUAAGAGGUGAUAGAAAUAUAGAGAGAGAGAGAGAGAGAAAGGACAAGUGCAUGAAUCUUAAAACCGAUCCUUCCUCCUGUUAAUCAGCAGAGAAACCAGCGGAAGAAUGCAGAGAAGACAGUGAGGCCUUUUUCAUCUCCUCUAUUUUAAUCAUGUUCGUAAAUGUCCUUUUUUUAAAUCUGUUCAAGUGAUAUUAAUCAUGAUGGAUUCGAUAGGGUGUGAUUGUCGGCCAGUGGACUGGGAUUGCUGUUACCACACAAAGAGAGACGGGGGUUAGUUAAACUCUUGAGCAAUUACCGCUAAGGUGCGAGACCUCCACUAGGCCACCUUAGCAACCGUGCAGAAAUCAAACAUGUUUUCCUGUGUAACAACCGAAAUAUUUUGGUCCUGUAUACUGUCAUGUGUUUCUUUAUUCUUAAAAAUGCAGUGGAGGGAUGACAAAGUGAAAAGAAGCCAUGAUGUCAUCAUAUGAGCACUUCUUUACAUAUUUUCAUUUUAUCUUAUUUCAGCUGUAGGUCCAGCGCUCUCUGUAAAACGUUCACACCAAUGAAAUGUGCCAUGAAAUCCUACAAGUGUCGAUAUUUUGACUCAUCAUCAGUUACGUUGAUUAUCUGAUGAGUACACGACCGACUGAUAGCCUUCACUGUGUCAAGAAGAGGGAAUGAAUGUUUUUGUUCUGUUAGUUUACUAUUGUUAUUACUCUAAUCGAUACGGUUCACGUUGGGUUGCAAAACUGCGCACGCGGAGAAGCCGUGCGGUCGACACUCUCCAGCGAGCCGCUGCAUCGCCCCCAGUUUUUCGCCAUUUCUUCCCCCUUUUUUCUUCCAUUUCUGCGUUUGUAAACAGGCAGAGUCUUCUCUCAGAAUGGGUGCAGUGCAUCUGGCUCCUUUUUGGGUGAGAAUUCCUCACACGCAAGUCUUUAACUCUCUAGGCUACAAAUAUUUCCGAAGCUGGAGGUCAACUCAGUGGAUUCCAGUGCUUGCUCCUGAGGACAUGGUUCAAGUUAAUUGUGAUAUUUUGCACCACAAGAAUCAUUCCAAUAAAGUAUUACUCUAA